CAUGAAAUCUUUUUUUGGGUGAUUGUUAGAAUGUGUAGUUCAUGUAAAUACUAAGUUAUUGUGGAAUUAAUGCAUCACAUUAGAUUUUCAGCUUGUUAUGUCAUUGUUGUAAUUUUACAACGUUGGGUGAAAAUGGUAGCUAAAAUAGCAGGUGCACCUUGCACACUACAUGGAGACAUUCCACUUCUCGGAUGUUCAGAUACAGGAUAAAUAUAAUGUAUUUGAUGAUUCACACUUUACAAAAGGGUUAUUUGUUAUAAUUUUAAGUUUAGACCAUAUUUGAAUAAUUCUAAAUGGGUUAGGGUAACCCAAACCCCAUGUUAUUUCUAUGUUCGCAGUGAGAUAUAGUCAACUGUUUUUUAAAAUCUGCACUUUGUUGGUUUGCCCAAAUAUCUCCUUGUUACACAAGCCAGAUAAUGUGUGUAGAAUGCUUUGGAGGAUGGUUGUUCAGGGACAAGUGUAAAUGUUUUGGAAUGUGGGAGUUGCAUGUAUUUUGCAUUGGUCAGGGAGAGGUGUAAAUGUUUUGGAAUGUGGUGGUUGCAUUUAUAAUGCAAGUUCAGGGAGAGGUGUAAAUGUUCUGGAAUGUGGGGGUUGCAUUUAUAAGCAUUGUUCAGGGAGAGGUGUAAAUGUUCUGGAAUAUGGGGAUGUAAGAGUUCUGGGGGGGUUGUAUUUUCCUUUUGUAAAUGUAAGUAGAGUGCACAUUAGGCUAGCCAGACAGUAUUGUGUGCCAUCCGUGGAGUGUAUUGCCUGAAUAGGAUUAAUUUGCAUUGGAAUUAGUUAUACUUGAACAUUCUCUAACUAUUGUUUCCAUUUCAGAAUGCCACCAGCAAGGAGAGCAAAUGCUGAAAUUCUGCUACCAACUAGGCCCAACGUUGCAAUAUUACAACGUUUCCCUAAAAACUUACAAAAACAUUUAUUUAUUUAUUAAUCCUUCAUUAUCUGCAUCAGAAGACUCUUACAACAUCAUCUGACUUAAAAAAUAAAAGAUUUAGACAUUAUUUCUAUGCUUGGGUCUUACAGGGUUAAAAGAGUAAAAAGUUCUGCUCGUGCGUAUAUUCAGAGGCAGGGCAUUCCAGAGCUGUCCUGCUUUCACUGAAAAUGCAGACUGACUAAAAGAACUCCUCCUAAAUGGGAUGACGCAGUCGCCUCUCUCCACAGAUCUGGUUUGUCUGCUACUCUGUUUUGUUUAAUAAAUUCACCAAGUGGGGGAGGAGCCAUAUCAUUAAGAACUGUAGAAUUGUAGAAUAUACUGCGUGUUAUUAAAAACAAGGAGAGGUUGUCGCUAUAUCUUUAUACCACAUCUAAAAUGUUAACUAUCCCCAACUUAGACACCUUCAUCAAAAGGUCAGACCAUGUGGUCACCAGAUGAUAGUAGGGAUUUAGCUUUUAGCUUUAGCACACAGACAAUUACUAACUGCUUUUGUUGUGUGGUCUAAGGUCUCUGUGAUGACACCACGCGACUCCAGAUCAAGGAGUUUGCACGUAAAAAUGCAGCCAAUGCUCUGUCUGUUGCUAACAUGGUCAUGGGCAUAGCCUCCAUUCUGAGCAGUCUAAAUGGGCACCAUCAUGCUGCCUGUUGGCUGGUUCUGAUUGGCUACCUUCUGGAUUCGGCAGAUGGAGCCGUUGCCAGGCGACUCGGUGCCUGCUCUGCACUGGGUGCGAAGCUCGAUGAUUUUUCUGACUUCACGACCUUUGGGAUUGCCACCGCAUUGCUCCUAAGGACAUCUGACCUGCUGGACAACAUCCUAUGUGUGUGUUACAUCCUGUCUGUGUUUGUCCGUCUGUGUUUCUUUUCAAGUGGGAUCCCAUUCAUGUUUCGUGGACUGCCCUGCACCUACUCCUCAGCCAUCCUGGCCAGUGCCUCACUGCUGUCAGGGGGAAAUCUGGCCUUGCUGCGUAUCAUUGCAGUGGUCAUGAUCCCCUUUAUGAUCAGCCAGAACUUCUACCCCCAUGACAGAUUACUGGAGUCCCAGGCCUGGAAGAAAGCAGUCUUUGCUGGAGGAGUUGUCAUGGUGUUCUGCUCAUCCUUCCCCACUGCAAGUGUGUACUAUAUGUUGUGGUCUGUCUCCUUCAUGUUGUUCCCGAAUUCCCUUUGGAGCUGUAAGGGUGAGAGUUAAAGUGAGGGGUGAGAAGUGCAUUUGAAUAUUAUUAAAGUUAGGAUGAGCCUUCAUGCUGUCUUUUGUCUGUGCUGCAUUUUGUCAGAUAGUUUGUUCCACAAAUCUCUCACUUCAAAAUGAACCAGUCUUUCGUCAAUGUUGUGAACAUGCAGCAGUAGUAUACAUAAUAUUCACACACAAUAUAAAAAUGAAUAAUUUGAAACUAAGUAAUUAAACAAUUUUAAUCAAG